CAGAUUUGUUGUUGUGUGAAAAGAGUGGGCCAGUGGUUAAAAGAUGCCGUUAGAAUUUGAUUCAAGACACUUCAUUCCAGAGCAAGUGAAGCAGUGCAAGAAAAAGCUUAGGGAGAAAGAGGAGAGGAUUGUAUGUCUUGAAACUGAAAAUGCAAUUCUUCAUCUCAAACUCGCUAAGCUUCAGACAGAGAUUGAGGAGGAAAGGAAUUAUUCAUCAUGCAUGGAAGCAUCACUUAGCACUGCAAAGCAGAGAGAUAGUAUGAAAUCAGAUGAUCUAGGAGGAAUUCUUAAACAAAUCAAGGAAGCCAAAGAUGACCUAAGGUCAUUGAGGUCUGCAAUGGUUACCAUGCCAACGAGAGUAACUCAGAGUGUUGAAAACUGGGCUUUAUCAGAAGCUGAGAGAUUGAAGCAAUCGCUGUAUACUGAAAGUGUUGAUUUCAACUUGUUACAGCGUAGAGUGUGCACCUUUCAGAGCGAGCUGACAUCGGCCCAAGAUAAAUACAUGAGAGAGAAAUGCAGAAGGAGAGAGCUUCAUAAUACUCUAGUGGAGCUACGUGGAAACAUUCGAGUUCACUGUCGGGUGCGACCAGUUCUUGAGUAUGAUUACAGUGGUACUCAGACAACUUCUAGCAGACAUCUUGACAGCCCUGAAGAAGUGGUUCAUGUUGAUGAUGAUGAAACUGUAAAUGUGAAUUGUAACAGACCAGGCCAUUCUCAAACCAGUCGUCAGUUUGAAUUUGAAAGAGUGUACAACCAGAGUGAAUCUCAAGAUGAAGUAUUCAAUGAAGUCAAGCCACUCCUCACAUCUCUUCUAGAUGGGUAUAAUGUGUGCAUCAUGGCCUACGGUCAGACAGGUAGCGGGAAGACGCACACUAUGCUGGGAGGGCGCUAUACACAAGGACUGACGCAGACGAGAACCAUUCUGGAUGAGAGUGAGGAAGAUGGGGUGGUACCAAGGGCUGCCAGGGAGUUAUUCAGGUUGCUGAGAGAAAAGCCCAACACACACACCGUGGAAGUGUCUGUUGUUGAAGUCUACAAUAACGAGAUCCGUGACCUUUUGACCUUGAAUCCUGCCACAUCUCGCCAUGACAUCUUCACAGGGGAUGACGGGUCAAUGGAGGUCACUUCUUUAACUCAGAGAGCUGUAACGACCGCUGUAGAGAUCGUUGACCUUGUGCGCCAUGGAAUGACCUAUCGCCAUGAGGAUGCGACCCAGGUUCACGCCCACUCCAGUCGUUCACAUCUCGUUGUUACAUUAACUGUCACUCUCAUCCAGUCUCCAUCUCACAAGCCUUCAUCCAGGGCUAGAAGUCAGUCCCCGUCUCGUUCAUCGUCUAUGAGAGAUGAGCAGGAGGUCAUUAGAACUAAGCUACAACUGGUCGACCUAGCUGGCAGUGAAUGUGUUGGUAUGUCUGGUGUUACAGGGUCUGCGCUGCGAGAGACAUCUCACAUCAACAGAAGUCUGUCAGCGUUGGCUGAUGUCUUAGGAGCUUUGGCUGAAGGCAGAGGUCAUGUGCCUUACAGGAACUCAAGACUCACACACCUUAUGAAAGACUCUAUAGGUGGAGAUGCUAAGCUCCUGGUGGUAUGCUGUGUAUCUCCAACCCAUCGUUUCCUAACAGAGACUCUGCAGUGCUUGGGCUUUGGGUCUAGAGCUAGACAGAUCCAGAGAGGACCAAUCAAAAAGAGACAUGUGGCAACUCAUGCAGGUGCGGGAGACCAAUCCCCUGCCAUAGGAGCCAGAGGAAGACAAGGGCAGAGGCAUAGCAUACCAGGUGAGAUGGCAUUCCAACUGUGAUACUUAUUUUAUCUGAAACUCAAGAAGUUUUAAUUUUACAUGAUGAAAAUAGAGAUAUUUAUGGUUUUGAAAGAUUGUCAAGACUCCUCUUUCAUUGUGAAUGAAUACGUAUUGAAUGAAUUUGAAUUGAGGAGCAAAAUAAUAAUGAUAACAUUUAUGCCAAAGACAUCCUGUAUAUAUGUACAUGUAUGGUUCAUGAAAGACUUGACUACAUAUGGAACAGAAUACCUGAUGUUGUUAAGGAGGCAAUCACAGUUGACCAAUUCUAAAACAGACUGAAAAGUCAUCUGUUCA